GCCUCUUUCUCUCUCUCUCUUAACCUCUCGUUUCACCGUCACCAUUAUCUCUUACACUGUUACUCUCUCUCUCUCUCUCUCUCAUUCUGCAUCUCGGAAUCAUCCUUUCUCCAUGGCCGAUGCUUACGAGCCAUACCAUGUUCUUCAACAAAGCCGGCGAGAUAAGCUUCGGAUUCCUUCUAUCGAUUCUCACUUCCACUUUCACCCUCCUCCUCCUUCUUCCGGCAGCGGCAGCGUAUUUCCUCUCGCCGACUCCGAUUUCCUCGCCGCCGGUUUAUUUCACUCCAACAACAACAACAACAACAAUAAUCCCAUAUCCAACCCUAGCUACAGUAAUUUCAUGGGAUUUCUCGGUGGCCCAUCUUCCUCUUCAUCCUCCGCAGUCGCCGUCGCCGGAGAUCAUUCCUUUAACGCCGGUCUUUCUUCCGGCGACGUCCUCGUCUUCAAACCCGAGCCGUUAUCUCUGUCUUUGUCUUCUCACCCUAGACUCGCUUACGAUCUAGUUGGUCCCGGCGUUGUUAACUCCGGAUUCUGUAGAUCCGCCGCUGAAGGCGCCGCCGCCGCUGUCACCAUCGCGUCGAGAAGCUCCGGUCCUCUCGGACCGUUCACGGGCUACGCAUCGAUUCUGAAAGGAUCGAGGUUCUUGAAACCAGCACAGAUGCUUCUUGAUGAGUUUUGUAAUGUGGGUCGUGGGAUUUACACCGACAAAGUCAUCGACGACGACGAUUCUUCUCUGCUUUUUGAUCCGACGGUUGAGAAUUUCUGCGGCGUUUCUGACGCCGGCGGAGGAGAAAAUGGGAAGAACAAAUCAAAACUCAUCUCCAUGCUCGACGAGGUUUACAAGAGGUAUAAGCAAUACUAUGAGCAGCUUCAAACUGUGAUGGGCUCAUUCGAAUGCGUCGCUGGUCUAGGGCACGCAGCUCCUUAUGCGAGCUUAGCCUUGAAGGCAUUGUCUAAGCAUUUCAAAUGUUUGAAGAAUGCUAUAACGGACCAGCUUCAAGUUAGCGCCAAUAACAAGAUACAACAACAAUGUGGUCAUGCGAUGAACUCUGAGAAUAAGACUGAUUCUUUGAGAUUUGGAGGAAGUGAUAGUAGUAGAGGCUUGUGUUCUGCUGGUCAAAGACAUGGAUUUCCUGAUCACCAUGCUCCUGUCUGGAGACCGCACCGUGGCCUACCCGAACGUGCUGUUACCGUUCUGAGGGCUUGGCUCUUCGACCAUUUCUUGCAUCCUUAUCCGACUGAUACAGACAAGCUCAUGUUGGCUAAACAGACAGGUCUCUCCAGAAAUCAGGUGUCGAAUUGGUUUAUAAACGCACGAGUUCGGGUUUGGAAACCAAUGGUGGAAGAGAUUCACAUGCUGGAGACUCGACAAUCUCAGAGAUCAUCUUCUUCUUCUUGGAGAGACGACCGUAGCACCACCACCGUCUUCCCCGACAACAACAACAACAACCCAUCUUCCUCGGCCGCGCAACAACGAGCUAACAACAACUCAUCUCCUAGACGAGCUCGAAACGAUGAAGACGUCCAUGGGACCACCAACAACAGCAACAAUAACAACAGCUUUCUUAACGCUGGGAACGGUGGAAGCGGUGCGGUUAGCUUCCCAUACGGUAUUGCGUCGUCCAAUGUCCCGGGGAUGAGUAGCAGCACUAAUGGUGGAGUGUCGUUGACGUUAGGGCUUCAUCAUCAGAUUGGGUUGCCUGAGCCUUUUCCGAUGACAACUGCUCAGAGGUUUGGGCUUCACGGUGGCAGUAGUGGUGGCGGUGGAGGAGGUGAGUCCUACGGUGGUGGCGGUGGCUAUGAAGGGCAAAAUCGUCAGUUCGGGAGAGAUUUUAUUGGAGGUAGUAAUCAUCAGUUUCUACAUGAUUUUGUAGGAUGAGAUCAAUUGUGUGGGAAGAAAAAAAUUUGUUUGACGUUUGGAUAAUGUAUUGAGAUAUGGGAAAUUGUAUUGCAUAUGAUGUGUAUAUU